AAGAUUCUGAUAAAAAUUCUCAGGAUAGUUAUACUCCCAAUACAGAUAUGGCAACAAUUUCAGAUAUGGCAACAAUUUCAAAAUUAGCUGAUGCUAUAGAUGACUAUUUAGACAUUCCAGGAAUGAAUAGGGAAAUUCUAAAAAAUCAAAUAAAAAGAGCUACAGGAGAGAUUUGCCAUAAUGUCUUGAAUGAUCUUAAUUUGAUGACAACGGCAUAUAACAAUGAAAGAAAUACACGUCAGCAAUAUUUUUUAGAAUUACAACAAUGUCGUAUCAGAAUAG